AUGUUUGACUGCAUGGAUGUGCUCGCUGUGAGUCCGGGACAGAUGCUGGAGUUGUGCAGCGCGAGCCCGUCCUCGUGCAUGCUGCAGGAGCGAGCGCUGAAAGCGUGCUUCACUGACUGGCAGCACCGACACCGCAGCGCGCACUACUCCAUCGAAACACAAAGCAGCAGUUCUGAGGAGUUAGUGCCCAGCCCACCCUCGCCCUUGCCCCCUCCGCGGGUCUACAAACCCUGUUUUGUGUGCCAGGACAAAUCCUCUGGGUACCACUAUGGUGUCAGCGCCUGUGAGGGCUGCAAGGGCUUCUUUCGUAGAAGUAUCCAGAAGAACAUGGUGUACACGUGUCACAGGGAGAAGAACUGCAUCAUCAACAAGGUGACGAGGAACCGCUGUCAGUACUGCCGGCUGCAGAAGUGUUUUGCUGUCGGAAUGUCUAAAGAGUCUGUGCGGAAUGACAGGAACAAGAAGAAGAAGGAGGGCCCCAAGCUGGAGCUGACAGAAUCUUACGAGCUGUCGACAGAGUUGGAGACCAUCAUAGAGAAGAUCAAGAGAGCUCACCAGGAGACGUUUCCCUCUCUCUGCCAGCUAGGAAAAUACACCACGAACUCCAGUUCGGACCACCGUGUGCGUCUGGAUCUGGGACUGUGGGAUAAGUUUAGCGAGCUGGCCACCAAGUGCAUUAUUAAAAUCGUGGAGUUUGCCAAACGAGUGCCAGGCUUCACCGGACUCACCAUCGCCGACCAGAUCACUCUGCUCAAGGCUGCCUGUCUCGACAUACUGAUCCUGCGUAUCUGCACACGUUACACACCGGACCAGGACACUAUGACCUUCUCAGACGGACUGACACUAAACAGGACACAGAUGCAUAAUGCCGGAUUUGGCCCGCUCACAGAAAUGGUGUUCACCUUCGCCAACCAGCUUCUGCCCAUCGAGAUGGACGACACAGAGACGGGCCUGCUCUCGGCCAUCUGCCUCAUCUCUGGAGACCGUCAGGACCUGGAAGAGCCGUCCAAGGUAGACCAGCUCCAAGAGCCUUUGCUGGAAGCACUGAAGAUCUAUGUGAGAAAGCGCAGGCCCAGCAAACCCCACAUGUUCCCCAAAACCCUCAUGAAGAUCACAGACCUUCGGAGUAUCAGUGCUAAAGGUGCUGAGCGAGUCAUCUCUUUAAAGAUGGAGAUCCCGGGCUGUAUGCCUCCUCUCAUUCAGGAAAUGCUGGAGAACUCUGAAGGCCAGGAUGGACAGAGCUCUUCAGAAAAGAACAGUGUGGAUAAAAAAGGCAGCUCAACUGAUAAAAAAUCAGCCAGCCCGUCCUCUCCGGAACAUGCUUCCUCCUCGAGUGAGGAUCCGUAGGAAGGGAGAUGCUCAUAUCAAGAACUUGGCUUGCUUUACUGUGAACAUUACAGGUGGACCAUCAGUGCUUCCCUUUCCUCGGCAGUGCAUUCAUUCCUUUUUUUAUUUUAUUUAGGACUACAAAUGACUUGAAAUGGCCUACACAAGUCGGCUUGCACUUUGCGGCCAAAAAAUGAGCUCUUCUCGGCGUCAGGACUAAAACUCCACCACGCACAGCCUGCAGUGCACUACAGUGUGUGUGUGUGCGCUAAUGAAUUCAUGUGGAAACGGACGCCCCUUCUGUAACACAGAGGCGUAGCUUCUCAGGUCUUCUGUGUACAGUAGUUAACCUGCAUGACAGGCUCAGAGUUUGAUUCAGUGGCUUUUUGCUCUCUGAUGCUGUCUUUCACUCUGGCGUACGUUGUACAUAGCAUCUUAUGGUUACAGCUCUGUAUGGAAAAUUACAUUUUGUGCUGCUUUAAUUUGCUUAAAUACUAUCAUUUAAGGCGAGACGUUUUGUUUAAAAAUAAACAGACAACCCCUGGCCACUAAGAGGCCCUAAAAUUGCACCGUAUAUUUAGAAUGUAAAUAAUGUUUAAGGUUUGAUUGCACCAGCAACCAGUCUGUUUUACACUAUAUGGCCAGAAGUCUGUAAAUAUCUGACCAUUUUAUUUAUGGAGUCCUCCCCAUGUCUUUUGACUAUAACAACCUAAAUAAAGUCAUGACUCUUGAAUUCCUACACACCAAACUAGUCAAAUCAUGUCUGUGUACGUUGCUUGGUGCACAGGGACACAGUCAUGCUGAAACAUGAUGUUCGAAGGAUAGUGUUUAUUUUAUACACCUGAUAGCA